GCGAAUGCGAUAUGCGGAGCUUUUCGUUUACUUACGGUAAGAGUCUCAGGUGAAGCAACAGGUGAUUGACAGGUUGAGGAUAUCAAAUGAGAUCGGAACCUGAGUAAGGGGCUACGAACAAGCGGAAUGUCCGUGGAUAGAGACAGAGGAUGGAAUUUUUUUAUGUAAUUCAUGACCCGCGAUAAGAAGGUGUUCAAAACUCGGAGGGUGUCCCUGGCAUCCUGGCAUUUGACAACUGGGCAGAAGCCAUUAUCUUGCUGGUCGAGAGCAGCACAGGACUGAAGCAGAGCUGGGCAUCAUGAAACACAGCGGUGCCUCCUGCGCGUUGGUGGAGCCUGCCCCAUGCCCCUGUCUGCUAGAUUGCGGCAGGAGCACCAGCAGCAGGGCCCAGGCCGGUGCCCACGACUCAGCGUGGGCAUCAAAGAGCACCGCCGUGGGUUCGUCUGCUUCGGCCGGUCCCCGAAACAGAUCCAAUGGGGCAGUUGGCUCCUGGUGCAGCAGCCCGGAGUGUGUGGCCAGGCGGGCGGAGACCAUGGAGAAGGAAGGCCGGGGAGCACUGGGGAAGGUCCUGGUGACCGGUGGGGCCGGGUACUUUGGGUUCAGGCUGGGGCGGACUCUGGCCGACCAGGGAGUGAAGGUGGUUCUGCUUGACCUGCACAAGCCGCUGAGGGAUGUCCCGGAUGGGGUUGUCUUCUUUCAGAGUGACAUUCGAGAUUAUGAGUCCCUGUACAAGGUGUGUGAUGGGGUGGACUGCAUAUUUCAUACGGCGUCUUAUGGAAUGUCUGGUCCUGAACAGCUAAAGAAAGAUCUAGUUGAAUCUAUCAACGUUGGAGGAACCAACAACGUUAUUAAUGUGUGUUCUGAGCGUGGAAUAACGCGUCUGAUCUACACCAGCACCGUAAAUGUGGCAUUUGCUGGGAAACCCAUAGAGGAUGGGGAUGAGGACACUGUGGCCUGCCUUCCCCUGGACAUGCACAUAGACCACUACUCCAGAACCAAAGCCAUAGCAGACCGAAUGGUGCUGGCAGCCAAUGGAAGGACGCUGAAAGGGGGCGAUGUGCUGCAGACCUGCGUGCUGCGUCCGUCGGGGAUCUAUGGCCCAGAGGAGAGGCGCCACCUCCACCGGGUGAUGGUCAACGUGGAGAGGCGUUUCUUCAGCUUCAGCUUCGGGAACCCCCGGGCCCAGAUGAACUGGGUGCAUGUGGACAACCUGGUCACGGCCCACCUGCUCGCUGCAGAGUCACUGACCCCAGAGAAAAGCUGCAUAGCGAGUGGACAGGCCUACUUCAUUAAUGACGGGGUGUCCGUGAACAUUUUUGAAUGGUUCACACCUUUGUUUGAGAAGCUGGGACACAGCCGGCCUUUGAUCCACCUCCCCGUCUGUCUGGUCUACGCAGCAGCUGUACUGAUGGAACGUGUGCAUCUGCUGCUGAGACCCUUUGUGGAAAUCCCAGUGCUCUUCACCAGAAAUGAGGUGAGAAACAUCGCUAUCAGUCAUACCUUCAAGAUCGACAAGGCGCGACGUGAGCUGGGCUACUCUCCCAACAAGUACAGCCUGGCCGAUGCGGUGGACCACUACCUGAAGAACCGGCAGCUGCAGUCUGGCCAGAGCGGGCCCCUGUCCUCCCAGCUCUUCUUCCUGCUGGUGCUGCUCUUCAUGGGCCUCUUCACCCUGCUGCUCUGCUCAGGGGGAUGGGACCAGAAGCACUGAACCGCUCUAGCACUGACCCCGAAAAGCACUGAUUCACCCCAGAGACUCGUAAGAAACACACUGUACCUGACCACAGGCUGCCUGGUACACCUUGAAGCACAUCAUCUAUUAUUAUAAAAACAGCAGCACACACACACACAGAAGAGGGUUUGUGGGACAGAGGGUGUUUGUGUGCUGCAGGGAUAACAUAAUAAUUUGUGUUGACAUAUUUAUUCUGGAGAUGUAAGUGAGAUACUCAUUAUUUAACAGUUCUCUUCAGGAAAGACUCAUUUAAUAUCAGUAUUGCAAUAAUAGAUUGCUAGUUGAAUUAUUUCAUGUAAGCAGUUUUGUUUUUGAUAUGAUUCCAAAUAGUAUCUGAAGCCAUUGUAACCCAAUUCCAGGUUUCUAAUUCUACAGUAUAGGCAUGUUUGCAGUUGGUGUCAGAUGGCAAAAUGUGGCACCAUUACUACUGUGGUCUGAGAAUUGGCAUUCGCAUCAUCUCAAACUGGUUUUACACAAAUUUCUUCAUACAGUGGCUGUUGGUCACUUCCUCCAAAAUAUCCAUUGCUUCCUGAGGAAUACCCACAGUGCCAUAUUUAGAAAACUGAAGAAUCCCUUUUCGGGGAGGUUGUUACUCUCCCCGAUUGGCAUUGAUAUUGAUGUCCUUAUAGUUAUGUGGCCCCAGACAUAGUAAAGCAGUAACAAAGAGGCCUCUAGGCCUCCAUGUCUGCCUCAUUAAGUCUGGAGAUAAGCCCACAUCCCUUGGUACAUUUUAGUCUUCCAAAGAGAGAGAGAAAGAGAGAGAGAGAGAGAGAACUCUAAUGGAUAUUUUGCUGUAUAGGACUGAAACACCUAGAUAAGUUUGAAUAGUUAGUUGGACCAGACCUUCGGUGGUCAGAGACAAACAAGUACAUACUGCAUAUUAUCCCCAGAGACAUACAUAAAUGACUGCUGUGAAUGUAGACAUUAUUUUAGUCUUCCUAGCAAUGGACCUAAAUGAUUGUCCACUAAUCUAAACUCUAUACGUAGAAGUGGAUGUAGAAGUAAAUGGGGUGUAAAUCGGCACAGAGACUUUUGUGUCAUUGGCAGGUAAUGAACCAGAGUAUUGACUAGUACACAAUACCAUAUUAACUAUGUUAACAAUAUUAACAAGUCUUAGAAUAAUAGCAAUAUCUUUCAUUAAUUUAAGCUUUUAGUAUGUGUUUGUGUGGUUCAUGAAUGUGGGUGCUGGUGACAUGCUUCUAAAAAGUAUUAACAUACAUAACAUGUAUAAUUUUUAACAUGAUAAAUGCAUAUAUAUUGUAUUUAUUAUUUUAAUAAUGGAAUAUAUAUAAUAUAUAACAGAAAUGAGAACACCACUGUGCAAUAUCACUUACAUGUUAAAUGAUUUAUAAUUGUAUAGGACUAUAUUUUUAAUAUAGUAAAUAUAGAAAACAUUUAUUUUUUGUUUUUGUUUUACACAAUAGUAAUACUACUGUUCAAAAUUGAAGUAAUGCAAUUACUGUAAGGUGAUAUAAUUUUGAAUCUUUUGACUUUUAAUUGAUAUCGCAUACUGUUCAUAUGCAAUUUUGUUGUAUACUGUAUGUUAUAUUUAUUUUUGAACACAUAUAAUUAAACAAUACACUAAUGUACACAAGGCAACAUACACCCAAAUCUAAAAUUUGCCUUGUUUUUAGAGUAAUAGUUUGUGUGUUAAAAGGGCAUGUGUUGUGCCUGGUUGUCAGGUAGUGGGAUUAAUGUGUUACACUAUGUGUUCUGGAUUCUUCAUGGAGAUGAUCACUGUGUUAUGCUCAAGUGUCCAUGAUUCUUGUUGUGAAUUAAUAUAAAAAAAUA